AUGGAAGCUUUCUGCCCACUUCUGGUCCGGGUAAACAAGCGAAAGCCAUGGCAUGGUGUCAAUUUUGUAAUUGCACAUGACGGAUUUACUCUAUAUGACCUUGUGUCUUACAAUUUUAAGCACAAUGAUGCUAAUGGUGAAGGUGGAAAUGAUGGAAGCAACGACAAUUCUAGCUGGAACUGUGGCUUCGAAGGGGAAACAGAAGACACGUUUGUAGAGCUAGCUCUAUGUCGCAGUGUAAUCGGGCUCUUAAGUCGUUUCUACAACGUUUAUCUACGCAUGCGGCAAAUGAAGAACUUCCACGUGGCGCUGAUGAUAUCCCAGGGAACUCCAAUGAUGCUAAUGGGGGAUGAAUAUGGUCAUACCCGAUAUGGAAAUAAUAACAGCUAUGGGCAUGAUAAUGCUCUAAAUCAUUUUCAGUGGGGACAACUAAAAGACAUGAAGAAAGAUCUGGUUAGGUUUUUCUCAGAGAUGAUUAAAUUUAGAAGUGGUCAUCAUGUCUUUACAAGAGAAGAUUUCAUUGGCAAGAAAGAGGUGACAUGGCACGAGGACAAAUGGGAAAACCGCGAGAGUAAAUUCCUCGCAUUUACGCUUCAUGAAGAGAAUGGAGAUGAUCUAUAUGUGGCAUUCAAUGCACAUGACUACUUUGUGAAAACUGUUAUACCUUCACCACCGCAGAGAAAACGGUGGUUCCGAGUGGUGAGUUGCUAAACUCAACUUUGCCUAUCUUUCUAAUUUCACACCACAAAGAAAUCAUGCAUUAUAUGCUUUCUAAUUUAUGCUUAUUCUUCUUUCUCUCUCUCUCUCUAUCGUGUGUGUGUGUGUGUGUGCACGCAUUUGAACUGCAUGACCAAAUAAAGCAUCUCUUAUAAUCCUCCAUCCCACAAAUAUAGACCUAUAGCUGUUUGACUUCCACGCUUAUGAAAAAUACUAUGGAAGAGCACGAUACCAGGUUUAUGAAAAAUAUGUUUAUAGAAAGCACUUUUCUUGGCUAAUUUUGCGAUGUCUCUCAAUCGUCAAUUAGGUCUCUCAAUUGCCGACAAUAUGCCAACGAAGGCACCAGCUAGCUUUCUGGGGAGUCUAGACGGCCAGAAAAACUAAAUAUUUCUCCAAUAUAUUUCUGACGAUCAAGAGACAACAUAAAAUUCUUUAAAAAAAUAUGCAUGUAUGUUUAUAAAAAUUCAACGACGAGAUAUGUGGUAGCAUUCAAACUUUAACAUGUUUUGGACGAAACUUUUUAGAAACUUUAAACACGAUUUUAACAAACUCCGAGGUAUUAUAUGAUGAAAUUAAAAAUAUUGUU